AUGGCACCGAGAGACGAAACCGUCCCUGAGAGGUCGUUGAUCUCGUCAUGUUAUGGACACGACGACUUGGAUCUUAACGCGUUGUUUCGGCGACUGGAUAGGCAUGCUGCUGAGGUGGAAGCUAUCGAGGCAGGUCUGAAGCAGAUGAAUCCUUUCCCGCCGGACUCUGUCACAGAGGGAGCCCACCAGCGGUUUUCAUUCGAAGAAAACGAAAGUCUCACAUCUGCUGAGAUGGCACCCGGUCAGGAAGGUGAAGGAACUCGCAAAAGAUCUUACUCGACUAACGAAAGGUUACCGUGUCUAUCGAGCGGCGACGUGGCAGAACAUGUAAAUGGAGCAGUGCUCGUGGGCGAUCAAAAGGGGCAUCCUAUUGAGCUGAAUCACACCUCGCAGACUCACCACAGUGUUUAUCUCAAACCAUCAAGAUGCAAGGCGUGUGGAAAACGCAAAGCACCAAGUCCUUUCGAGGCUCCGCUGGAUCAACCGAGUAAUCUGCCACACUGCUACGAACCACAGUUGCCUACAUCGGACUGGUCAAUGCAGCGUCAUUUUGUUCUUCCAAAGCGACCACCCACGCCACGUGUCCAUGAUACAAGAAGAUCGACGAGAUUUGCGGAAGUAGAUGGAGGAUGUGGCAAUAAUGGACAAGCAAAUCACGAAGAAGACUAUUUCACAGAUAGUGAACCCGACGAGCCAAAUUCCCCGACCAGCAACGCAACGGACUAUGACAUGAUAGCGUCCUGGCCGUUCCCACCAGAGAGUCCCACUAGCUUCACUACUGUACAACUACUACCAAGCCGCAGCAGCAGCCUGUCACCGAAGACCGUCAAAGUGCACCCAGGAAACCAUGCAGAAAGGCCACCGAAACGCAAAGAACGUUUGACCGUGAAUUGCACCGAACCGCUGCCUGAGAACCGCGAAAGAUCCUCACUGGUAUCGCCUCUCUCGCACACCGGAUCCCUCGCAACUGCCGCAACACUGAGCCCUCCACCCACGCCCAUCCUGGUGUGUUCACCGUAUGAAGAUCAGCUGCGGAGGGAGCUGGAAAUCCAAGUGCUUCAAGAAGGCCCUGAAGCCCUUGAAUUGAAAUACAAGCCCCGCGGGCCGCUCACGCUGAACGUUGUGGAUGAUGAUGACGACGACGACGAUGAUGGCGAGCGUGAAGGAGAGGUUGGUCACCAAAACCAAGAUAAGACAGCUCUGUCGACAUUGCUGCUGCUGAAAGACAACGGACGACCCCAGUUAAAACGAAGGGAAACCAUCUUGGGUAUCUUUCGGAAAAGAUCGCCCGUGGAGAGGUUUAUCGAUAUGUACUUAGACGACGAUGAUGCCGCGGAGAACAAAGUUCCCAGAAGGACACGAUCUAUGAGACCCUGGAGAAGGUCACCCGGUCAUCUGAAAGCACCAGAUGUCCCUCCGAUCCCUACUAUGCCACGAAUUGAGCAGCCAUCAGGAUGAACCACGACGAUGAAUCAUGUCUUUCUAGUUUGUUUCGAAUUGAUAUCCGCCACCAAGUCGGCGAAGGCUUUUAGACCGAUGCGUUCGGCGUUGUCUGAACUCAGCUCCUUUUCAAGAUUUUGCAAUGAACGGGCAAUACGUUGGGCCGGAGGCUGUCCUGCUUUGGACCUCCCGUGGUGAUGAUCGUUGGAUGAGAUCUCGUUAUUGCCGUCAGCGGUGGUAUCAAAAAUGGAUCUCAGUUUUUGACGUAGAAGUGGGUAUUGCUCGAAAAGCUCUGGCAAUCUUGGGUCUUGCAAGAGCUGCUCCCUGGGAGAAGUAUUCUCUUUGUCCGUGGAUAUAUUGUCCUGCACUAUUGUCAUGCUUGGCUUGGGGUCGCUUGCCAAUGCAACCUGGCUACAUUGAUUCUUAUGGGUUUUGUAACAAGAAAGAGAACAGCUACAAAGCACUCGUCAAUAGAGGAAUUCCAAGACAAGAGAUCGAGACUCAAACCUAGUGACCCGGCACGAGGGAC